CCAUGAAGUGGGUUUCGUCUUUGCAGUGCCUAACAGAGAGUGAAGCUUCAUCUGUCUGCAAUAAGGAUGGCGACAAUGGGGCAUCUUUCUACUCCAGUGUUGAGGCUCCUUCUCCUCUCCAUAAAGGUUUCCCUGGGGGAUGAUGAAUUGAGGCUGACAAAUGGAACUGGCCCCUGCUCUGGGAGAGUGGAAAUAAAACAUAAAGAGGAGUGGGGAACUGUGUGUGAUGGUGACUGGAACAUAAAAGAUGCUGAGGUUGUUUGUAAGCAAGUAGGAUGUGGAUCUGCUGUUCACGCCCUUAAUCGAGCUCCUUUUGGAGAGGGAUCUGGAAAAACGUGGUUGUAUCGAGUUGACUGCCGUGGUGAUGAAUCUGCUCUCUGGGACUGCCCACAUACAGGAUGGGAUGCCUUUACCUGCCCUCAUUAUUUUGAUGUUGGAGUGAUAUGCUCAGGUUUCUCUAGGCUGCGUCUGGAUGGAGGGGACACUGCCUGCUCAGGACACCUGAAAGUAAAGCAAGCAGAAACCUGGUCUACAGUCUGUUAUUCACAUAUUGAUUUCAGUGCUGCCUCUGUUAUAUGUAAUGAGCUAAAGUGUGGCCACGCUGUGGAUAUCAUGAGAGGAUUUCACUUUGGAAACAGUCAUGAGUUGAUCUGGCAAGAAGAGUUCCACUGUGUGGGGAAUGAGACUCACCUUGCACACUGUCCCAGAAUGUUGGACCGUACCAAGGCAUGCUCUCAUGAUGCCUAUGUUCUAUGUUCAGGCUAUGGUGGAUACAGGCUGGCAAAUGGCAGUACCACAUGUUCAGGGAGAGUAGAGCUUCUUCAUGGAGGCUUGUGGGGAACAUUCUGUGACUACCUGUGGAAUUUCCCAGCUGCCAAUGCCCUCUGCCAGCAUUUGGACUGUGGAAUUGCCCUAUCAAUACCGGCUGGACAGUCCUUUGGAAAAGGAAAUGGGUCUGUAUGGAAUGGCACGUUCAGCUGCAAUAAGGAAGGCUCACACUUGAGAGAAUGUCCUGUGAAUGUGCUAAGGCAGAAUGAAUGCCCUGCUGGAAAUGAGGCUCGUGUGGUGUGUUCAGGGUGUCCAGGGAGCAGAUUAGUGAAUGGCACCACAUGUUCUGGCAGAGUGGAGAUCCGUCAUGGGGAUACAUGGGGAAGAAUCUGCCGCUCCCAAUGGAAUUUGCAAGAUGCUAGCGUUCUCUGUCGUCAGCUGAACUGUGGCUAUGCAAAGUCAAUCGAGACAGGAGACCUUUUUGUGGAUGGGAAUGGGUUUGUAUGGAAAGAUGUUUUUCACUGUGAAGGGUCGGAAUCCUGCCUGUGGGACUGUGCUCGAGUGGUUUUGGGCAAUCCAACCUGCUCAGCCAGAGAAACAGCCACUGUUGUUUGCUCAGGCCUUCCUGAUUCACUCAGACUCUCAGAUGGUGAGAGCCGCUGUGAUGGGCGAGUUGAGAUCUCCCUCCAUGGCAUGUGGGGUAGAGUCCUGGAUGAUGACUGGAGCAUUAAGGAUGCUACUGUGGUGUGCAGACAACUCCAGUGUGGAAUAGCCAAGAAAGCCUAUUACCUUCCAAGGUCUGAGAGAGGCAUCGGUCUUGUGGGCUUAAGAAGUGUCCAGUGUGAUGGAAAUGAGACUCAACUGGUGCUCUGCAAGACCUCCCAUUCUCAGGCACUGCCAACAGGAGUUGCUGAAGAUGUUGGCGUGAUUUGUUCAGAGAGCAAGAAGAUCAGGCUGGUGAAUGGGACACAACGCUGUGCUGGGAGAGUGGAGAUCUAUCAUGAUGGCAUAUGGGGCACAAUCUGUGAUGAUAACUGGGAUCUAUCAGAUGCAAAUGUUGUUUGCAAACAGCUGGGAUGUGGAUAUGCCAUCAAGGCAUUUGUCUCUGCUCAUUAUGGUGAAGGAUCAGGACAGAUCUGGCUGGAUGAUGUGAACUGCACCGGGGCUGAAUCUGGUCUCUGGGCAUGUCCCUCCAGGGCAUGGGGUCAGCACAACUGCCAACACAAGGAGGAUGCUGGAGUCCUGUGCUCAGAGUUCUUGGAUCUGAGGUUGGUGAAUGGCAAUGACUGUGCUGGACGGCUAGAAGUUUUCUACAAUGGAACAUGGGGGAGCAUUUGUUCCAAUCAUAUGUCUCAACUGACUGCAAUAACUGCAUGCAAACACCUGAACUGUGGAGAUGGCGGGGAAAUUGAUAAAGAUUUCAAAUACGGCAGAGGUUCUGGGCCCACGUGGUUGGACCACAUUGACUGCAAUAAGCAACACAGCUCUCUCUGGCAUUGUCAGUCAGACCCCUGGGAUCCUCAGUCAUGUGAUAACCGAGCAGAAGAGACCCAUAUUUCUUGUACUGGAAGAAAAGGGACAGCAACUCCAGCUACUGCUGAGUGUCCAAAUUCUACAAGUUGCUCAGACAGGGAGAAGUUACGUGUUGUAGGAGGAGAGGAUGUGUGCUCUGGAAGAGUGGAGAUUUGGAACCACGGUUCUUGGGGAACAAUCUGUGAUGAUUCCUGGGAUAUAGCAGAUGCUAAUGUGGUAUGCAGGCAGCUGGGUUGUGGGUCUGCUGUGUCCGCUCUGAGUGAAGCUGCCUUUGGAGAAGGGACUGGUCCCAUCUGGUUGGAGAAGAUCCACUGUAAAGGAACAGAACUGUCUCUCUGGGACUGUCCUUCCAAGCCCUUGUUUGGCAAAAGUUGUGAUCAUAAGGAGGACGCUGCUGUGGAUUGCUCAGGUGUGCCAGGAACAACAUCAUCCACUAGAGCAGAUCUUCCCCGCCAACCAGAGACACAAAAUGUGAGAAUUUCAGCACCUGUCAUCGUUUGUGUUAUUCUGGGGGCUCUUCUCUGCCUGGUCCUUGCCAUUCUCGCUGGACAGAUCCGAAGUGCCAGGGCACAGAAGAAAGGCUCCAGAGUAUCAUAUGACCCCUUCUCUGAGGCUGUUUAUGAGGACAUUGACUAUAAUCUGAUGAGAGAAAAGCAGGGGAUGACUCACCUCUCAGUUAAUACCAGUAUCAUUCCAGAGGUCCCACUACUGCCUGGAAAUACCCUGGAAGACGGUUAUGAUGAUGUGACAGAAGAUCCUAGAUCUAAAGAUGCUUCCCUUCCAGGGAAGAAUGAGCAAGAAAUCAUUGGAGUUCUGGACAAAAGUGAUGGAAACAGGUAUUCGUGGACAGACUCUAAUGUGUCAAGAAACAGGACAUCUGAGACUCAAAGAGAUUCAUUCCCUGGUCUUGAAGACACAGUUUACGACGACAUUGAAGAGACGGGACCCUGAUCAAGAUCGCUGAGCAGUACUGAAUACUUUUGGACGUACUCCCCUGUUCAUAAAAUGCUAAUCAUGUACUAUCAGAACCAGAACAACCUGCAUUUAAAAUUAGUUUUCAUAAGUUUUGUUUAUUUGCAGAAAAGUGAUUACAUAUUUAGAAGAAAUACAAGCAUUAUCUUGGUUAGACAGUUUUUCAAGCUUCUCCUAACUACCUGGGCACUUUUUUUUUAUUAUUAUUUCUAAAUAGUUUCAUUGCUUCUUUUUCCUUUUUUUUUUUUUUUUUUUUUUUUUUUAAACUGAGGUAAUUUUUCAACCAUGAUAUUUUCUUAUUAAAACUGUUUAAAGAUCUUUUCUCAAAUGUAUGUUACUCCUCGCGGAUACACUUCAGUGUAUUAGGAAUUUUGAUUAUUAGGAAUUGAGACUGAACUGCAAGAAGAUCAUCAAAGCUGUGUUUAAUCUUUUGGAUAUUCUUAUUUGUCACAUAGAAUGUGAGAGCCAGAAUUAAUGCUAGGUAGCACUUUGUGAGAUAACAAAUUAAACGAGAGGUUAUUCUUGUCCUCACUUUAAAUGCAGGGCUGUCAUUUGAACUACAUGCAAGUGAAUUACAAUUUGGACUGGGUGGAAAAACUCCUCUUUUCUCCCUCUACACCAUGAUGAAUUAUUGUCUCCCAAAAUCGUAUCAAUUAUACAGUAAUAGAAAGUAUAAUUUCUUUCAACAUAUGACAAAUAGUGGUCAUAUCUAUAGGUUUCCAUCGUGUCAUUUAUUUUCAUCAUGUGAAGGCAGACUGCAAAAGUCCACAAGUUGAUGGAGUAGAAGUACUGUUGUCUUGGCUCCUAAUAAAAUUUCUUUCAGGUUUUGAAAGAAAAAGCUUCCCCUGAAAUCUGCUAUCUAUAUUGGUGUACUGGUUUUGGCUGGACUAGAGUUAGUUUUCAUCAUUGUAGCAAACAUGGUGAGGUGUUUUGGAUUUGUCAUGAAAAGCAGUAUUGCUAACACAUUAAUGUUUUAGUUUCUGCUGAGCAGUGCUUACACAGCAUUAAUGUCUUUGCAUCUCAUGCUGCCCUGCCAGCAAGGAGGCUGGGAAUGCACAAGAAGCUGAGA